AUGGCGACGGCAGGAGCAAAGAAGACUGCAAUUGUAGUUGGCGCCGGCGUUGGCGGUGUUGCAACGGCAGCACGACUCGCAAAAGCAGGCUUUUCUGUCACUGUACUCGAAAAGAACAAUUUCACGGGCGGUCGAUGCAGUAUAAUUCAUCAUGAUGGUUAUCGAUUUGACCAAGGGCCUUCCCUUUUGCUCCUCCCAAAAAUGUUCAAACAAACAUUUCACGAUCUCGAUACUUCACUCGAAGAUGAAGGUGUGGAGCUAUUAAAAUGCGAGCCGAAUUACAAUUUGUGGUUUGGGGAUGGAGAGAUGCUUGAGCUCAGUACCGAUGCGAGUAUAAUGAAGAGAGAAAUCGAAAAAUGGGAAGGAAAAGAUGGCUUCGAGAGAUAUCUUCAGUGGCUCGGAGAAGCUCAUCGACAUUAUGAGCUGAGUGUGCGCGAGGUUUUGCAUAAGAAUUUCACAUCGAUAUUCAACAUGCUGCGUCCUAGCUUCUUCCUCAACAUCUUUAAGCUUCAUCCAUUCGAAAGUAUAUAUUCUCGAGCUUCAAAGUACUUCUGGACGGAGAGGUUAAGGCGAGCUUUUACCUUUGGGAGUAUGUAUAUGGGAAUGUCUCCAUUCGAUGCUCCUGGCACAUAUUCUCUACUUCAGUAUACGGAGCUUGUUGAAGGUAUUUGGUACCCGGUUGGUGGAUUUCAUGCUAUUGUAGGGGCUUUGGUCCGAAUAUGCGAGCGAUUGGGUGUCGAUAUUCAACUCAAUUCACCAGUCACUUCAGUGUUGACUUCCCAGGAUGGCAAAACUGCAACAGGAGUUCUUCUAUCUUCUGGCAAAAAGCUCGACGCUGAUCUUGUCGUAAUCAAUGCUGACCUCGUCUAUGCUUACAAUAAUCUAUUUCCUUCUUCCAAAUCCACGUCUUAUGCCAAAUCUUUACAAAAGCGAGCUGGCUCUUGCAGCUCCAUUUCUUUUUACUGGGCUCUUUCCAAACAGGUUUCACAACUUAAUGCGCACAACAUAUUUCUCGCAGAUGAGUAUCGCGAAUCAUUCGAUUCCAUCUUUGACAGGCAAUCUAUUCCCGAUGAGCCUUCAUUUUACGUGAACGUGCCCUCACGAAUCGAUCCGACGGCUGCCCCGGAAGGAACAGAUUCCCUCGUGGUUCUUGUUCCAGUUGGCCAUCUUCUAAAAUCGGCCACAUCCAGCCUCUCUCAAGAGCAUCCCUCUGUCGCAGCUGGCUCUGGUGUUGCAAGAGAACAAGAUUGGGAGUCUAUCGUAAAGUCGACUCGCGAAAGAAUACUGGAAACGAUAGAGUCGCGCACAAAAUGUGGACCGCUCGGCCCAUUAAUUAUUCAUGAAGAGUUAAAUACACCUACAUCAUGGGAAUCGCGUUUUAAUCUGGAUAAAGGAUCUAUCCUUGGGCUGUCUCACUCCUUCUUUAAUGUCCUUGCAUUUCGUCCAAAGACUAAACAUCCAGAAAUCAAUGGUGUAUAUUUUGUGGGUGCGUCCACACACCCAGGAACUGGGGUACCAAUUGUUCUUGGUGGAGCAAAGAUCACAAGUACACAGAUUCUUGAUGACCUAGGGAUGCAAAUUCCAUGGACGAAUAAAAGCAAUGCGGUCCCAGAUGAAGGGGUCGUCCAGUGGAAAGGAACGAACAAUUUGGAUCGAAUCGUUAAAGAGAGACCAAUAUUAAGUAACGUUGGGAUCUUCACCCUGGCUUUUGUGGUUUUAAGUCUUACGAUCGCAUACAUUAAUAGUAAUUUGGUGGUUCUCUGGGACGAAGAGAUGAAGAAGGGAUGGGGAUCUGGAAAAGCGACAUAA